AUGAAUUUGAAUAAGAACAAUCCGAAAUCAAUGAGAAAACUGAAGUAUAGUCUUGUAUUAGAUGAAAAGAUUGUGAAAUCUAGAUGCUUCAGGCUCACAAAAAGAAUUACAUUUGCAGCUUUCAAAAUUUUCACUGUGAUAUUCCUUGUGGUAUUUGUUGUUUUUCCACUGAUAUUCAAAUAUUCCUAUGGGCUGCAGUGUAGAGUAGUAUUUCUAAAUUUCAUUCAUGUGGCAUACCAAUCGGAUUUCUCCCAACCUCAAAAGUACGGUCUGGACGGUACAAGGAACUUGUAUCUACCGACCGAGGAUGGCAUCACGCUGGGGGUCUGGCAGAUCCUUCCAGAGAACCUCGUGAAUUCGUCCGAGACUGACGAUCAGUAUUUCGAGAAUAUUCUGGGGAAUGGCCAGGACGUCGUGAUUUACCACCACGGCAACGCCGGUACAAGACUGACCGGACACCGGGUGGAGUUGUACAAAGUACUCAGGAAGCAUUUCCAUGUCAUUACUUUCGAUUAUAGAAGUUAUGGAGAUUCUACAGAUGUGCGACCGUCUGAGACCGAUGUGGUCAAAGAUUGCCUGCACAUUUACAACUGGGUAUCGAACAGGACCAGCGGUAAUAUAUUUAUCUGGGCACAUUCCUUGGGCACCAGUCUCGCGAUGCACUCGCUGGCCCUUCUCCAAUCCAAGGGCAUCCAACCGAUGGGGGUGUUCCUAGAGGCGCCCUUUAAUAACAUGAGGGAAGAAAUCAGCGAAUUUCCUCUGGCACGUAUAUUCAGGGGUUUGCCUUGGUUUUCUUAUACAGUUAUUGAGCCCUUACAAGAAAACGGCUUCACUUUCAGAACUGAUAACUUCAUUUGUGCAGUCGAUGCACCAAUUUUGAUUCUUCAUGCUGAAGAUGAUCAUGUAGUGCCGUUCAGAUUAGGAUACAAGCUUUAUGAGGAAGGUUUACGAUGUAGGAAGGCUACACAAGGAAAACUAAUUUUCCAUGGAUUCGACGGGAAAUAUGGAUAUAAUCAUAAAUAUAUUUGCAGAGAUCCUGGAAUUCAUAACAUCAUAAGGAACUUUGUAGAAUUGGCAGAAAAGGAAUCCAAAGAAAAAUUCGGAAAACGGUUGAUUGAAUGA